CAUGACCAACAACCGGAAAUGGAUUGAAGAUUAGUCAAAAUGGCGAAUAAAUUUCUGUCAGAAAUGUAUUGGAAUUUGAUACUCUUACUGUAAAAAUGUGAGAUGAUGAGAUCAGCACUGAAAUGAAGAGACAUUUUGUUUUCUUUCUCUGUCUUCUGUGUCAUGUAUUUGGCAGCAAGGCAGAGAAAGAUGGGCAAGUUUUUGUGACGGUGAAGACAGAUGCCAUUUUGCCCUGUGGUAUAGAUGUCCCAACAGACAACCAGACCUAUGUGACCUACACAUGGACUGAGAGAGCUGUCUUCCUGUUAACUGCCAAGGAGGAGGAAGGAAAUAUCACUAUAACCUAUAUUGUAGAUUCUUUAAAAGCAAAGUAUAUUCUAGAUGCCAACUACAGUUUGAUUAUCAAAAAUGUAGAUCUUGACGAUACAAAACAGUAUACAUGUUCUGUUGGAAUAUUCAGAGAUCCUGAUACUAAAGAUCUUAUUCAGAAGUUUGAGAAUGUUACAGAGCUUUAUGUUCAAGAUGUACCAAGUAAACCAGGGAUGCCACAAAUAGGGAGUUUAAAGUCACGUACAGUUUCUGUUUGGUGGUCAGCCAGUACAGAAGAAAACAAUAGUCCAAUAAGUAGUUACAUGAUACAAGUCAGGACAAAUACAGAAAACUGGGUAUUAGGAAAUCAAGUGACAACAAACAUACACCAGAAGAAUAUAACAACUAACAUGAGCCUGCGACCGUAUACUUCUUACAAGUUAAGGAUUGUAGCUGUCAAUAGUAUAGGAGAGAGCAUGCCCAGUGAACCAAGCAUGUUCUUUAUUACUCCUUCUGAAGAACCUGAAGCACCACCAAGUAACCUCUUGGCAACCAGUAAUAACAGUUCUGUGAUACAUAUUAAGUGGGACCAUCCAGCAUCAGAGAAGAUCAAUGGAGAAUUAAAGGGUUACCAGGUCAUGUAUAGUGAAGCAAACAAAAAAGUGUUCAGUGUUAUAACAUUUGAAAGAACAGAUAAAACUGAAUUAGAUAUUCCAGGUGUGAAAUCCUAUACUGAAUACCUGAUCCAGGUUGCAGCAAUAAAUACUGAAGGACCUGGCCCUGUUGCCAAUGCUGCUGUAGUUACUGCUGAAGGAAAACCAUCAAAACCAAGAAUCACUCACAUAUCAAGAAAUACCCCAUCUACAGUGAAAGUUCAUUGGGUAGAACCAAAGGUGAUUAAUGGGAGACUACAAAGUUAUGAAUUACAGUGGAUUAACACAAAUACUGGUGUUGUCAGGACUAAAGUUAUAAAUGGCGUACUGAGGAAUAAAAUCUCAGAAAAUAUCACUAACUUAGAUCCUUAUACACAGUAUGAUGUAAGAGUAAGAGCUGUAACAGGUGGGGGCAAAGGUCAAUUUAGUGAUAGAUAUCCUGCAAUGACAGAUGUAACAGCGCCAGGAGCACCUACAAUUUUAAAUGCUACAACAAUAGGGACGGAUACAGUUUAUCUGCGAUGGCUUCGUCCAAAAAAGUUCUACCGUGAUGUGGAAGAAUAUUUAAUAGAAUUUAUUGAUCUCGACUCAUACUUUACAAAGACUAAAAAGAUUCCUGAAAAAGAAUAUGAGGUUGUAAAAUCCAAUGAUAUGACUUGGAUUGAAUCUGCUGUUAGUAACUUACCCUCUAAUCGCCAUUAUUCUGUCAGGAUUGCUGGACUUACUCAGAGUCUAUUUAAUGCUCAUCAAUAUCCAGGGAAUUAUUCAGCUAAAGAGUUCUUCUAUCUCCAAGGAGACUCGCUGACCACCAAAGGUGGCAAUGAGAGUAACACAACAGAACCAGAUAUACCCUCCAAUCAUUCGAAUGUUAUCAUAGCAGAUAUCACUCCUGAUCCGAGAGCCAUCCAAGCUGCUGAGCAGGACAUCAUGUCUGCUGGUAUAGUGGCAGGCAUUGUCUGUGGGAUACUGGUAGUACUCUUAGCUUCACUUGUAUUCAUUGGUUGUAGAUCAUUAACCUGCAGAAAAUAUUACCAGGCUGCUUACAAUUACCUGGCUGUACCAACCAACUCUAAUCAUUUUCCUUCAACCGUCAUAACUAUAGCAGAACCCUUUGUUGAGAAGACUUAUCUUGAAGUAAAAGUAGAAGACUUUAUUCAGCAUGUAAAGAUAUUGCAUGCUGACACAGAUGACAAAUUCUCACAAGAAUAUAGCGAUGUAAACAAGAAUACACGAACAGACCUUAAGGCAGAUACAUCUAAUAUGCAUGAAAAUAAGUCAAAGAAUAGAUAUGUAAAUAUAACAGCAUUUGAUCAUUCCAGGGUAUAUUUAGCUAAGCAGCCUCAAAGUGAAAAAAUCCGUCAGUCUGACUAUAUAAAUGCUAAUUAUGUUGAUGGAUAUCACAAAUCCAAAGCUUAUAUAGCUACACAGGGACCAAUGCCAUCAACAUUUGGUGAUUUUUGGAGAAUGGUCUGGGAGCAGAAGUCUGUUGUCAUAGUGAUGAUAACUAAACUGAUGGAAAAAGGAAGGAAAAAAUGUGAUAAAUACUGGCCAGAAGAAGGCCUAGAACAGCAUGGAAAUAUUGCUGUAAAACAUUUGAACACCUUUUCUAGAGCUCAUUAUACUGUUAGAAUGUUCUCACUCAAAGAUACUAAAGCUAAAAAGCAAUCUUCAGAAAGAAUAGUAUACCAAUUCCACUAUACAGAAUGGCCAGAUCAUGGAGUACCAGAUUUUACAUUGCCUGUUCUUAAAUUUGUACAGAAAUCAGCAUUUGCUAAUCCACCAGGGGCUGGACCCAUUGUUGUACAUUGCAGUGCUGGUGUAGGAAGAACUGGUACCUACAUCCUUAUAGAUGCUAUGAUAGAGCAGCUUAAAGACAAGGGUACCAUCAAUAUACCACAGUUUUUAUUGAAAAUUAGACAGCAGAGAAAUUUCCUAGUCCAAACAGAGGAACAGUACAUGUUAAUUCAUGAUGCAUUGGUGGAAUAUUUACUGAGCCAUGAUACAGAAGUCAGAAAUGGCGAAAUAAACAAAUAUAUACAGAAUCUUACAAAAAUUCAGGAGGAUAAGUCUUCAUUACUCCAGAAACAGUUUGAGCUUCUUGUAGCUUAUUGUCCCAAAGAGAUAGAUAAAUAUCCAGCCUUGGAAGAAUAUAAUGUGCCAAAGAAUCGUAGAGAAGAACUUGUUCCCAUGACAACUAAGAGAGUCCAAAUUCCCACUAAACCAGGCAUACCAGGAUCUGAUUAUAUUAAUGCAACUUUCCUGCAGGGAUAUACAAAAACCAAUGAGUUCAUUUUAACACAACAUCCAAUGGAAUCUACGAUAGACGAUUUCUGGAGAAUGGUCUGGGAUAAAAAUUGUUCUGUUAUAGUGCUGUUGUCUGAUAUAGUCGAUGAUGAGCAGGAAUUUAUCAAGUUCUGGCCAGAAGAAGAUACUCCACUACAAGUAGACACAGGAAUAUUUAAGUUAACAUGUCGUGAAGAAGAAACAGGUUACAUGUAUACAACCAGAGAUUUCUUAUUGGAAUCUACACAGGAUGACUAUGUUCUUAUGACUAAAAUGAUAUCCUGUUCAAACUGGCCAAGAGAUGACCAGCCCUUAUGUAAAGCCUUUGAUCUGAUAGACACUAUAAGAGACAUCCAUAGACUAAACGAUAUUGGACCUGUUAUUGUGGUAGAUAGAUAUGGAGGUGUUACUGGAUGUAAAUUCUGUGCUCUUUGGUCCUCAUUAGAUCAGUUACAACAUGAUAAGACAAUAGAUAUUUAUCACUUAUGUAAACUUUAUCACAAGAAGAGAGCUGGAAUCAUUGGAUCAGUGGGUGAUUACUUAUUCCUGUAUAGUGCUGUAGAAAGUUAUUGUAAUGACCAAAAUGAAAAAGACUCGGCUUUAGCGUCAAAUCAUUUGAUUUUAAGAUCAUCAAAAAAGAAUGGAACUAUUCCUCGAAGUCCGUCAAUACAAAAUAAAGUUCCUCGGAGUCCAUCCUUACCAAAUAAUCACCAUUCUAGUAAAGCAGAAACAAAUUCUAGUAAAGCAGAAACAAAUGUGUGACACAUGCUAAAAACCUGAAAACCAUAAAAACUUCUUGCUAUAUUAUGUGUUCAAUGGAUGUACUCAGUGACUAUUAAUUUAAACAAAUUGAACAAUCAAGUGCUUUUAUUAGAGUCAGAUUAUGUAUCCAAGUGCAGUAUUUAGGAUUUUUUUCUGACUAUAUCAUAUAUAAGUCGGUAGUAUUGACUAGUAUGCAUAUAUAUCAUAAAAUAGAGUAUGAAAGACACUCUAAACUCUUUAUAUAUGCACUCUUCAGUGUAAGCUGUGAAUAUAUUACCUCAGCUCACGUAAAUAUGUGUCAACAGGUAUCUGUCAUUCUGCAAAAUAUGCUUUGUAUUAAUUUUUUUUAAUUUGGGCGAUCUCAUCAUUUGUAACAUCUAAUUUUAUUUUAAUCACUAAAGGGUAGUUGUGUUUUUAAAUAUUACACAAAAGAGUUUCUUUUUUUGAGAAAUUUCACAUAUCAUUUCUUGCAACCAUGAAAUCAAUCUUAUUUUGUUAAAACCAUUUUGAAACUGCUGACUUUUUAAAUAUAAUUAACCAACUUCCUUUAGAUCUGUCCUUUCUUUCUUUAAUAGAACAUUUAAAGAUGUAAUGAUGAUCAUCCUCAAUUUGUUUACAAUUGGUCCCAUGUUUUAAUACCUCGAUCAGGCAGAAUGCCUUGAUGAAGUGACAUUCCAGUUUAAGGAUACAAACUAACAAGUAUUAUUCACAUAGAAACAUGUGUUUAAUUUAUAUAUAAUUUGUUUUUGAAAUAAGUCCAGGUUAGAUUACAAACUAGUAUUGAAAAAAAUUAUCUUUUUUACUGUGUUAGUGAAUAAAACUCAAUUAGCUUUGAAAUUUGUGUUUGCAAGAUGUUUUUAAAUUUCAUAGAUAAACAAAUUGAAAACAUAUAUCAUGUCAUUUUAGAAGAACCUAUUUUGGGGGCAUUUUAAACAGGUUGUCAUACAAACAUGUGAUAUUUCUUUUAUUUUACAACUUUUACACCAAUAAAGCAUUCAAUGUUUUAUGUUGUGUAAUUCUUUGUUGUCUUUUUUGUAUUUGUUUUAUCUUGUUAAUCUGUAUUUUAUAUAUACAAUUAUUGUUUUCGUGCAUGUGUAUUGUGUAUUUGAUACUCAGUUUUAUUAUGUAAAUAUGUAUGAUUAUGAUCUUAUUUAUAAAUACUCAUUGAAGAGUUCAUUUCACUUGAUUUGGUAUAUUAUAUAUAUGUAGAUAUUAGAAGAGAAAAGUAGAUUUUUGUUUCCCAACAUAUUUUAGCAUUAAAUCAUGAUGGCAGACAUUUUGAAUCAUGGCUUUAAAAUUUUGUAAUAGUAUAAGGUUUUUGGGUGGCUUUCUUUUUAAUAAAAAAAGGUUGGAUAAGUUUUUGAUAAAAGAUAUUAGAAAUAAUUUAUAUAUCAUUUGGUUUUGUUUAUGGAAAGAAAAAAUAUGAUCGUGAUCAGUGUACAGGCUUUCCAAUUUCUUCUUUAUUAUGAUCAAGUAUUCUAUCAUAUUUUUCAUAAUCCUGAUGUUAAUUUGAUGUAAGAUAGUUUUUCCUUCAAUUUUCACUGAAAUACUUGUUAAAAUGUACAUCAAUCUAAACAACACUUCAGUGGCGUCUGCUAUUCUGAAUUGGUAGGAGUUUUAGAUUUUGUCCUUUUUAUAUUCAAAUAUAUAAAAUUUACAUAAAUAAUGUGCAAACUGCAGUGCCUGAAGAAAAACCUGCUACCACAUUAUCAACAUUAUCUGUAUUAAUGUGUCAAAAUUAACUGAUAAUGUCUAUUACAAUUGAAAUGUCUCGAUUUUUGUUAGAACAAAACCCCGUAUCGUAAGCACCUUUGUUUUUUAAGGCACUGAUGAAGAAACUUUACUACAUCUAUGUUGAUUUUUUUUGUAUUUUGAAACCAUAAAUGGAUUUACAUAUUUCUGAAUUUAUGGUUAAUGUUUAAAUUAACAUGUGCUUUUGUAUAACUUGAGCAGCUAACAUCAAUGUGUCUUGCCAUAAACAGUUGUACAUAUAUCGUCCGUUUUUUUGUACAUUUGUAUAUUUUCUUACACCAAGUCAUUAAGGUGCUAGCUUUUAAACGUAUUCACUUAUAAAUGAAGUAGCUAUGGACAAAAUAUACAGUAGUUCUUCCAUUCAUUUAACUGACCAUUCUUCUUGAGAAAUAUGAAAAUGAAUGUUAAAAAAGAAAUAUAUAACUGAAAACAGUUUGUAAAAUUAUGCAUGGUAUUUUUUAAUUUUUUUUAUCAUAAAUACCACUGUCAUUUGUUGUUAUAGUGUAGAAGAUUUCUAAAUAUCAACGAAAUAAUGUUUUAUGUAGAAACAUAGAAGUAGGCAUAUUGUAUUAGUUUUCCAAAAUGGCAAGAAUUUUGUUUUAGGAACGAAAGUAAAAAUAUUUUAGCAGAAUUAAAAUCAUGCACAUAAAAUGACUAAAAAAUGCUUUGAACAUACACAAAGGCAAACUUGGGAUUCAUUACAUUUCAAAGGAACUGAAAUAAAUUCUCUAAUACAGGUAGAUAUUUUUUCUCCGAAAAUGAUAGGUUUACUGAAUUUUAUUUUGCAUUUACCCAAAAGUGUUUUCAGAGUAACCUCAGACUGAAAUUUAAGUUUUUUUUUAGGUUAUGUUCAACUUGAUUAGUUACAAAAAUCUUUGGUUUCACCUUAGAACUUGAACUUUACCCUUACAGUUAUCUUUCCUUUAGUUUAUUGCCAUUUAGUGAUUUAUUUGUUUUGACAAUCAUUGUUUUAUGUUAGGACCCAGACUUUGUUGGUUCAGUUUUAAAACAUUUUUAUAUCAUUUUACAAGAAUGGCAUAAUUCAUACACAUGUAGUGGUUGGUACAAGAUUUCAUACUCUGUAUACUGUGGAUUCAUUAUUUUUUCGUUGGAUACCAAUUUUCAUGGAUUUUGUGGAUAUAGGUGAACCACGGAAUUCAAUGUUCAACAAAUGACAAAUUUUCUAUAGGCUGUAUGUAGACUUCAUCAAAACCAGGAAAUUAAAAAUCCACAAAUAUGCAAGUUCUCCAUAAUCCACAAAAAAUUUGUACCCUUAAAAAUAAAUGAAUCCACAGCGUUGAUCAAGAUAGGUUGUUUUGUUUCAAUGUAGAUGCUUUCAAUUCAUAUCAGAUGUACAAAUGUCUUAUCAAAGCAUUGCUUGAAAUAUUGGUUUUCCAUUCCAGGAUAAUUUUAUUCCACAGAAUACUGCUCCAUGCUUGAUAAUUUUAGAUGGUCAGCUCAUUUCCCUAGUCACAUAUAGCUGACCCAUUUUAAUCAUUAUGUAAUUCAUAUAGAAAUUUGCCAGGUUAUGAAAAACUAUGUUUGGGUUUUGCUACAUUCAUAAAUUCUUAUAAUUUGCUCUUUCCAACUAGAUCAUUAGAUCACUAAGGAAACCAUAUGUCAAAAAAUUAUGAAUGGUAAAUUAUAAGAAGUCCUUUUCUUUUCAUUGAAUGUCUACAACUUUGAGAAAAAUAUAAGAAUCUGGUAACAUAGAAGAUGUUACUCUUUUUUAACAUUUUUUGUGUCCAUUGUUAUAUUUUGUUUUGUUGUAGGGUAUAAAAUAUAAGCCUUAGUUUUAAAGGUCUGAUUAAGUUUUUUACGUUUUUGGGUUUUUAACUGGUGUUGGAUCAACUUUUGGCUUUCUAGUCGGGCUUCACUUUGUACAGAGUGUAUGUCGGUUGAUUGAUGGUUUUUAACCCCACUUUCAACACUAGUGGCGGUCGGUUUUUAUUGGUGGAGAAAGUCUUAGAGAACCAUCAAUCUUCAGUAAUAAAAUUGACAUUCCAUGUCCAUUAAGAUUAGAAUCAAGCGCACCUGCUGUGUGUGGGAUUGAUAUUGACAAACCUUAGUGUUGACAGGCUAAUGUUCAGUUCUGUAUAAUAGAGAAUGAAAUAACAAUUACAUGUCUGUCUGAUAACUCUUCUUUAGGGAUAUCAAUUUAAAAUUUGUUAUAAAAGGAAAACUUGAGAAGUUUCUAGCUAAAAAUAACAUACACAUUGGAAAUCUUGUGUUGUUUAUAAAGGUGUAAUAUGUGAAAUGAUUUUUAUGGUUGUAUUCAAUUUUACUUUAGUUAAAUUACUAUAUACCAAUGUGUCCUCAGCAUAGGUAAAAAUCCUGCUUUAAAAUGUUAUACUGAUCAAGAAUAUACUGGAUAAUGUAAAAUGUAAAAGAUUUUUUUGUUACUUUUAUAGGUCUAUAUACUUAUAUCUAGAUACUAUUUAUUAUCAGUUAUAGCCUUAUAAGUGAGCAAUUUUCAUGAAGUUUUAUAUUUAUGAGAAUUAGUUUGCCUGUACUUGUGCCAUUUCAAAGUUAUGGUGCUUAUUGCACUACACUAGUGGACAGUGUUUUUGCAGGAAUGUAUGCCAAGAUUGGUUUAUUUUCAGUAAACACAGAAUUUUCAAUGCUAUUUAUUUGGUCUUUUUUCUUCUUUUACUAUAAGAGUAUAUUGUUUUUUUUUUUACUAAAUUCUCUUUCGUAAUCAUAUUUUCAUAGUUUAUUUGACAAUAUUCAUGAAAAAACUAUGAUUUUUUGGAAAAACUAAGGAUUUUCGUAUUCCAGGCAUAGAUUACCUUAGCAGUAUUUGGCACAACAUUUUGGAAUUUUGGAUCCUUAAUGCUCUUCAACUUUGUACUUGUUUGGCUUUAUAAAUAUUUUGAUAUGAGCAUCACUGAUGAGUCUUAUGUUGAUGAAAAGCGUGUCUGGCAUACUUAAUUAUAAUCCUGGUACCUUUGAUAACUAUACAUAUAUCUCCCCUGUGCUGUUCAGUGACUCAAGUUUCCAGACUUGUCAUUCCAUAAUAAAUCGGUUUUAUGUUUUGUUGUUGCAUGAGUUUGGACUAAAAGAACAUUUUCAGAUUAUUGGUGAUAACUGUAUAAAAGCUUUUUAUCCACAUACUUCCUUCUAGACUGCAUUUGAAUAAUGGAGAAAGGAAAAUCUAUGACAUUUUCUUCUCUAAAAAUUUACUAAGUUAUUUUUCUCAAUAGAAAUUGAACUAGGAACUUCAUCUUCGACUAUUUGCCAUACACCUUAAUACGAUAUACAGUUUUAUUAUAUACUUAGUAGUAAAUACAGAUAAAUUGUAUGUGUAAUACAGUCAAUGGCAAGCGUGCUGUAUCAGCCACCCGUGAUGAUAUUGAUAUCAGCACGGUUGCAAAAGCUUUAUCACACCUUUAAUCUGUACGACGUCACGUCAUCUAUUGCAGUCACUGUUGCAAAGGCUUUAUCAAAACCCUAAUCUGUAUGACGUAAUUCCAAGCCUCCUUAUCUGUAUGACGUCAUGUCACAUAAAAACAUCUACUUGAGGUAUUUGUAUAUAAUAAAGUGUAUAUGAUAUGGCUUUUUCAAUAUCACACACCGUAUCAACCCUCAACCAAUAUAAUCCCUCGAGCAGAGCUCUUGGGAUUAUAUUGGUGUCUCGGGUUGAUACGGAUGCGAUAUUGAAAAUGCCAUAUGAUAUUCUCUAUUUAGCAGGUUUUCAAUAUGAAUCUGAUAUCUUAUUACUACUUUGCCUGUACUUACAUUACCCAUUUAAAUGAUUGCUGCAAACUACAAAUUUGCUUUAAGUCAGCUUUAUUGUUGUUUAUGAAAAUUGCUUAAAAGAUGCAUAAUGAAUAAUUAAUAUUUACAUUAAUUGCCUGUAUAAAUGCUUUAUAAGUUUAAACAAGAAAUUUAUUGUUUGCUAUUGUUUACAUAUACACGAACCUGAUAUGUUCAGGAAUAAAUGAAAAUAAUUAUAAAAUGUAAACAAGGUUGUGUCAAUGUAUGUAUUGUAUUUCUGUUGUAAAUGCACAGGACUUCUGUGAAAUUUUUGUACACAGCUGGUUUGCAUUUUUGUUGAUAAAAGAUAUUUUGUACCAAUCCAUUUUUGAGUAGCUAUUUUUGAAAAAUUGAUUCAUUAGCAUGUAAAGUGAUUGUUUUGUAUAUGUUCAUAAUUAUUUAAUGAAAUCAUUGUCAUUUGCAUAUGUUUAUAUGAGCUUUAAAGGGAAGAUUGCAGUAUCUGUAUUACAUUACAUUUUGAAUAUUUAUCAUUUUUGUACGCUAAAUAUAUUUAUCAUAUUUGAUUUCUCAACCAUUAAUCUGACCUUCAACUACCAAUUAUUGAUCUUGAAAAGAGUUAUUAGUGACUGACACUUUGUUUUUUAACUGUUAAGCUAACAAACUUUUUAUAUAUUUGUGUAACACUUCUUUCAGUACACACCAAUAAUUUACUAAGUUUUGUAUAUAAUUGAUCUAAAAAUUUCAUAAAAAAUAUACAUAUUAACUUAAAUGUUUAAAUGGUACCUGAAUCUCAUAUUUUGAAUAAGAAAAAAGUACACUUAUUUGAAUUAAUUGUAAGUCAGUGUAUGUAUUGAAUUCUCCACUGUCUUUCUACCCUAGCUUGAAUAAACCACAUUCAAAUAUA